GACAUGGUUCCGGAGGCUAACGGAGCUCAUGCUAACCUGAUGCUAGCAGAGGACAGGUGUUGUGACGCGGUGUCUCCGGGUGUCGUUGCCAUGUGAACCGGUGGUCGCGCAGAGACGUCGAGCAUCAUGGGACGCAGCAGUAGCUCCGCCCUCUCCCACGGCGCUCCAGUGGCGGCCGUGUGCCUCGCUGCCUUGCUCGUGAGCAACGUCUUGAUCUCCCUCUACCUGGAGUCAGUGUAUCAGACCGAUGAGCUGCUGGCGCCCUCUGGUGGAGGCUGCUUGCCUCGACACUUUAAGAUGGUGCUGAUGAAGAACUGCACGCCGUGGCUCACGUGUCCACAGAUCAGAGCAGAGGUCCGCAGGCUGAAGCUGAUUGGCCAGGGAGCCGUGAAGAAGGUCUUUCUGGCUGAGUGGAGAACCCAGAAGGUGGCGCUGUCCCACCUGUCCUCUCUGGACUACCUGGAGGAUUUCCUCCACGGCCUGUCCAUGCUCCAGGCUCUGCAGGGCCCCCUGGUGGUGCAGCUGGUGGGGUUUUGCCCUGAAGACCACACCCUGGUCACAGAGUACCAGCCGCUCGGCUCCUUGCUCGACUUGGACGCUGUUUUUGCACAAGAGCAGCACCGGCAACACAACACGUGGCAGACACGCCUGAGGCUGGCCACGGACUACGUCUCCGUCCUCCACUUCCUCCACGCCGGCCCGGCCGGGCGGCGGGUCAUGUGCGACUCCAACAGCCUGGAGAAGACGCUCUCCCAGCUGCUGCUGACCAGCGACUUCCACCUGGUGGUCAACGACCUGGACGCACUGCCGGAGGUGGACCGGUCCCGAGGCUCGCUGGUGAGGUGUGGCCACCGGGAGCUCACCGGGGACUUCGUGGCUCCGGAGCAGCUUUGGCCCUUCGCGGACGAGGGGACGCCAUUUUCAGACGAGCUCAUGCCCGGCUACGACGAGAAGACGGAUAUCUGGAAGAUCCCUGACGUGACGUGGUCCCUGAUGGGGAGAGUUCCCGGAGGAGAUCUAGUCCACUUCCAUCUGUUUCAGAUCCACGAGCAGUGUAAGCAGAGGGACCCCCGGCUGCGGCCUUCAGCCCAGGAGGUUCUCACGGUUUACAGAUCCGUCCACAGCAGCAUGGUCCGAGAAGCUGCUGGAGUCCGAGACAUGCUGUAGAAGAAUCACUCUGGAGAUCAGCUGGACAGACAUCUACAGGUUCUGACCUUUAUAUACAGUCUAUGGUUCUGACCCACAUGUGUCUUUGAUGAGAUUUGGUCCCUGAGACGUCGUCGGACCCUGGAGGAUUCAGGACUCGUUCCAUCCUCUUCCACUCAGCAUCAGAUUCACAGCUUCACCACUGACACACAACGAAUGUUCAAGCCACAGUUUGACAGUGUUGCAGUUUUAAUAAAAACUUUUUUGUUACUUCAAAAA